UGUUGUUUGUCGAAUGGGGCAUUGUUCAUCUAGUACUUAAGUCUUGCAGUGGAAAGCUGCUCCAUUACCCUCAAGGCAGAGCUCCGAAAAGUGUCCAGGUUGUGAUACAAUGCGUCUCUCUCAGCUUCGCCUCGAGGGACUGGCACUAGCCCUCAUCGUGUUGUCUGCUCUAACGCGUGACACCGCUGGUCGGAAGUUCGAUGUCCGCCGUUAUGAUACGGGAACUUGCAAGUAUAAAGGCUACAAACCUGGUGGAGGAGUUCCAGACAUUCAACCAAUCCAAUCGCCUGUAUGCAAAGGUUUCACCAACUCUCUGGGGUUCGUUUCCGGUAUAAUUGACAAGACCGCCGGCGCGGGAAGGGCUCUUUCUCAGGUCGCCAGGCUAGCCGAGAGCGCCGCCAAAGUCGGCAAGGUCCUCAGUGCUGGUUUGGGAGUAUUUGCUUCAGCUUUCGAUAUUGACUCUUCAUUGUCAAAGCCGACAUCUGACGACACCUUAAAAAGGGUUGGCAAGGCUUUCGAGAAGCUGACAGAAGACGUGUACAAUAAACUGAGAAAGAUGAGGGGAUACGUGGACUGUUCAGUACUCAAGCUGGAAAAACAAACUGUCAAGAACGAGUUUGCGACUCUGAAACGUUACCUUGGAAACUGCUUGCAAGAGACCACUGAGCCCUCAGUACGAAAAUGUCUGCAAAAUUCUGUCAUGGACAUUGACGCGGCAUGGCCCAAAUUUGAGAAAUUGAAAUGCCAUUUCAACAAAAACUUAAAGGACAUCUCUAUGAAUAAUAUCAAAACGCUGGAGGCCGGUUUGAUUCCGUUCAGGGACUUCGCCAGUUUGCAUCUCUUUGCUCUUCAACUGCUGAUCAACUAUUACAAUAACGACCCUGAUACUAAGGAGAAAAAUAACCGUCUAAAGCUUUACAUGAAUAUGUUGAAUGAACGUGGAAUGUUCUACAGCAAGUACGCGAGAUGGGCUUACGAACGGAUCUACCAUGGACAGGUUGAGAGGCAUUACAAUGGCGGUGUGCUGAGAGACGAGUAUAUCAUGGAUAAGAAUGUCUACAAACUGUACGAGGGAGGGUUCUGGUUGAUUGUAGGAGCAAACACUGAGAAGCAGAUCUCGGUCAAGCCCAACUGCGCUAACGGAGACGAACACGCGCCCAUGAACACGUGCAAGUACAAGUACCACAUGCGAGUGGACGGGAAGGUUCUUGAUCGCUAUCCCGAUCGCAUGGCUCCUGUUAGUAGCAGCGAUAGCGCCUUGAGGUACUUCGCCAAGGAGGAUGCCCACCACACGUGUACAAGGUACUUGGGCAGCCUCAAGCAUGACGUGGCCACUUACUGGAAGACGGAGCUUAUUAGUCUUGCUGAUCUGUGGGAAAAGAUGGCGGAAAAGGCGAAGAAUGAGCUAAGCAAAUUUGACAAGAGAGCAUUCAACAUCGCAGGGGGUCGCUCUCGCGUGUAGGCAAUCCUCAGUGGUCACGUGGGAGACGAACCUCUAUAAUAGGACGUGCAACUUGACGUUUCCAGCUUUGUGAAAUUAAAUGCCUGAUAUCCAAGCUUGGUGAAUAUAAGUCAAUAAAACUCCUGUAUUUGUUAGAA